AUGUCUGAAAAGGAACUAAUAGAAGAAGUCAAGAAGAUUGACUUGGGAUAUGACUUUGGAGAGAAGAAGAAGAAGAAGAAGAGUAAAGAGACAAAAGUAACUGAAGAAGAACCUGUAACUAGUUAUAUUGAUGGUUCAGGAUCAACUUUUAUUCGUGGUGCUAUAUACCCAUAUGAAGAGCUUUUGGAAAGAGUCAGAAGAUUGAUACUCGAACACAAUCCAGAUCUAUGGGGCACUAAGAGAUAUACAUUAAAACCUCCACAGGUAGUACGUGUUGGUAGCAAAAAGGUAGCAUGGAUGAACUUCCAAGAAAUAUGUAACAUCAUGCAAAGGAAUGCAGAUCAUGUCUUCCAGUUUGUUCUAAGUGAGCUUGGAACUGAAGGAUCUAUAGCAGGAGAUGGACAAUUGGUACUAAAAGGUAAAUAUGGUCCUAAACAUAUUGAAGUAUUACUAAGGAAAUAUAUUAUGGAAUACGUCGCUUGUUCAAUGUGUAAAUCACCCAAUACAAGACUUGAAAGAGAUAGUAGAACGAGAUUAUACACGAUUGUUUGUGCUGCUUGUGGAGCUAAUAGAAGCGUACAAAACAUAAAAACGGGUUUCCAUGCUGUCUCAAGAGCAGAUAGAAAGAAAGCUAAAGCUGUAUAG